UUGAGUUGUCGAAAGGUGCUGCAUCCGCGCGUCCGCUUAAUACAAUUUCAAAGAGUGUUUGUUCUGUGAAUAGUGCUGGGAAUUUACUGAUAACUAAAGAGCCUGACGGGUGCUACAACUCGGUUGAUCCACUAGGAUCGUCAAGACUUUGAAGAAGAAGAAGAAGAUAGCGGGAUUCCCCGAAACAGCCGUCCAUAUUUGGAAAAGGCGAUGUAAACACAAGUUUAAAAUCGCGACAAAAAUCAAUGUAAGGCCAAAAUCGACGAUUUAUCGAUACAUUUAAGGUGAUUAGCAUAUAUUUUAGGAAUGCCAUUAAUGAUAUUUACUCAACAACGUAUCGUUUAUGGUGUAUUUGAUCAUUAUUUCAUGCAAUGUUAACACUGCGACAGAUACGAUCUGCGCAUGCGCUAGAUGAGCUGUCCUGGCUACUACCAGUACUUCUUUUGGCAAAGCCUUUGCUGCUGUAGCCAACAGCAUACCUCGUAUUUGUUUUUAUUUCGUGGUCACGAAGGCUUUUUAUGCAUUCUUCAAGUGAUCCAAAAAGCACGGUCACAUCCUCUGUCAUUUUGUAGUGGAACAGUUUUCGGUAACUCGCAAGACAGAGAACGAUUUGUGGUACACACAUAACUCUUGUCAUCUACCGUUCUAACUCUUUACACAUAGGGUCUACGCGAAAAUGGCGGAACGCAAGCGAGGGCGUCCUCCUCUUAGCGAAUCAGCUAGAAAAAGACAUAAAAGAGAUCGUGAACAUUUGAAAGUGUACUUGGGGCAAUACACGGCGGAAUGGAACUGUGUGAAGUAAAGAAUGGGAUUUUCCCAUGAUUUUGAAGUUGCCCGCUAUCUACUGGAGUUUGAAAAAGCGCGUGUCAAACAACCAUCUGCGCUUGAAACACAGCCAUCAACCUUCACACCGAUGCAGAUCAAUGUUUUGAAAUCAAAGCCUGCAUCACCCCAGAUAAGCAGCAUAAGUGAAAUGGGAUCAAGCAGUGCUGCAGAACAAGACAUAGAUGUGACAGGAGUGGCUGAAAUGUCUGGAGUUGAGGAAAUUCAGUCCACGACCUCAGAGGUGAAAUCCAGUACUUUAGAGGACACAGAAAUGCCACUGGAGGACAUCCCACCUGUGUAUACAACAAGACGAAGGAAGGUUGAAGAGAAGAAGAUCUCCAGUUCGUUUGUUAACCCGUUUGACUUAACUCUGGACUGUACAUGUGAAGAUGAAGAUGAUAAUGAUUAUGAUGACGAUGAUUCACUUUAUGAGCCUAGUGGCUUUACCAUGGAGCAGAUCUUACCUGAAAAAGUCAUGGAGAGCGAAGACAUGGCCUUCGAAGAGGCAGAGUUUGGUCUGGAAAAAGUGGAAGAGGUUGAGAUAACAGAUGAAGAUGAAGACAGUGAUAGAGAGGAGCCAGUCACAAAAAUAAGCAGUGACUCAUUUGGCUGGCUGGCUGAAGAAGUGAAGGUCAUAGUCUUCCUGAAGCAACUGCUCCAACUUGCAGAGUUGACUGUAAAAAAGUGCCCAACAUGCGGCUCAGACAGACUGGUGAUCCAGGAGUCAUAUUUUGGAUCCUCAGUAUCACUGAAAUGGGUUUGCCCCUCUGACCACACUGCUGCUCAGUGGCACUCACAGCCAAUCCUGAAUAGAAUGAUGAGGAGUGGGGAAUUUUCUAUUAGCGCCACCAUCCUUACAUCUGGAAACAAUUAUGGAAAAAUGUCAUUGUGGGACCAGAUGCUGAAAGUGAAGUUCCCCUCUGCCAAUCAAUUCCACCGCAUCCAAACACACUACCUGGUGCCAACAAUUGACAGUUACUGGCAGCACACUCAGGAAGAGAUCCUGGCAGCAUGUCAAGGAGAGAUUGUUGUUUUAGGGGAUGGUCGCAAUGACAGCCCUGGACACUGUGCCCAAUACUGCUCAUACUCUCUAAUGGACAAUGCUUCGAAGAAAAUCCUGACCCUCCAAACAGUGGACAAGCGAAUGACUGGUAGGAAGUCAGCUGCAAUGGAAAAGGUUGGCUUCCAAGCAGCAAUGGAUGAUUUAAACGCCAAGGGAGUAGGUGUGGUGGAAGUUGUCACAGAUGCACACAUGGGAAUAGGAGCACUUAUGAAAUUGCCGGCCUUUGACAAGAUCCAGCAUUCCCAUGAUAUAUGGCAUGUUGCCAAGAAUUCGGGGAAGAAACUGACAGGUAGCAAUGAAGAAAGGGAACCAGUCAAUACUUCCUUGGGUGAAGGACAUUGUCAAUCACUUCUGGUUCACAUGCAAACAAGCAGAGACAAAACAGCAGUUUGUGGCCAUUUGGGUUGGGGUCAUGCACCAUAUUGUGAACGAACAUGCAUGGAUAGUGGGUCAUUGUGACCCGGACUUCAACCACUGCCUGCAUGCACCUUUGGACGGAGUGGAGUGAGACAAAUCAUGGCUUCAUCCAGUCCGUGAUGCUUGUUCCUUGAGAGAGCUUGCUAAGGUUGUCUUUGAUAAGAGGCGCCUCAACUUGAUUGACAAGUAUCUCAA